AUGAACUAUCUUCUGCACCGUCAGCGAACUCCGGGGGCGGUGAUUCCCGUGUCGGAUGAGUUGAAAGAAUUGAUGAGUGAGUUCAGUCGGGAGGUGCUUCGCAAUCAACCGAAGGACGUGAUUGGUUUCAUUGCCGACUACCUGGAAGCCAAACUGAUACGGCGUGAGAAUCAAGUUGUCGCGAAUAAAGUCGUUAACAAUGUACUGGACAUCAGCCUUGAUAUCAUCGAAUUACUAGAGGAAUUCGAAUUGAGCAGUGAAACCGCUGAACGGGCAGUCGGAAUGAUACGGGAGGCCUUUCAGAAGCAUUUCAGAAUACACACAUCCGACGAGAAGCUGCGAGAAGCUUUUCGUGAGUCGGAAGUAAUGAAGAGACUCGUGGAUGAAUGUGGCUUUACCGAAGAACAGGCCAUUAGGGCAGGAAAAAUCAUUGAAAGGUCUUACAAGACAUAUUAUCUACGAAAUGUUUACAAAGAGUAUUACGGUCCGGCGGUGACGAGCGAUUGGCAGGAUGCGGCAAAACAUACCCUUCAAAUUUACGGUGCGAGCGGCGCAACACAAGAGGAAAUGGAGCGAGCGGCAGUCAGAAUACAAGCAGCAUAUCGUGGUUAUUAUACAAAGAAACGACAAGAAUUAAACAAGAAAGCCGAGCUAAUUCAAAAAGCGGUCCGGGAUCACCAGGCGAAGCAGGUGGUAUCCGGCGUGCUGGAGCAGCUCGUAGAUGACGUAGUUGAUCCAAAGUUCUCUGGUCGCGAGGAAGUUAUGCGAAUUGUGAAUAUGGUUCUAAAUGAUACUGCAUGUUCAACAAGCUCGGAAGUGAAAGGGCUCGAUGAGGCUGCCACCAAAAUUCAGUCAGUUUUCCGUGGAAAGCAAGCACGAAAAGUAUUUUUCGAAAAAACUGAUGAAGAUGUGAUCGAGCGGGAAAUGAAAAUAGUACCAUUGGAUGCACCAGCCAGUAACAUAAACGAUGACAACCUUGAAAAGGCGGCCACCUUAGUACAGUCGGUUGCGCGAGGUCAUCUAACCCGUCAAAAGAUGCAGAAGGAGAAAGCCGCCAUCCAGAUGCAGAGCUUGGCUCGAGGCCACCUUGUACGAAAGCGUCUAGCCGGUCAGUCGCCGCUAGCGAAGGACAAGUAA